AUGGUUCCCCGCCUUCUCAAGAACAGACAAACCAAGUUUGUUUUUGAGAUCUACGAUGUGCUACUAAGAGCCCAAGCCGAGAUUGAGCCUAUACCAGCUUUCGAGAAGAACGCAUCGGAGUACCUACAACGUUCGCUCACGAACAACGAGUUAUCAGAACUACUGGAUAUUCUGCAAGCGGAUGAUGAAGAUGCUUCCUAUCGCCUUGUCGCAGAGGUCCUCGUUGCGAUCCCGCCACUCUUGAAAUAUCCUAACGAGCAAACGACAACAAACCAACAGAGCCCGGAGUUACUAUGGCUUAGCGCAACAAGUAUUGGACUCCAGAUCCCGUACCUGGACUCCAAGUACCAAUUGCUUGCGGCGAGAGCUCCUGUGUCAAAUACCGACGACAACAACGGAUCUCCAGUAGCAGUCGAAGUCUCCAUCAACGUCAUUGUACCUCAGCCAGAAGAGCUCAUCCAAGGGUUCUUUGACCGACUCACGCGUCCCGAAAACGCCCUUGAUGUCCUCGUCAAGAUGGAUGUCUCACUCAAGCCUAUUAAGGCAGAGUCGCUAGCAGUCAAUUCACUGCACCAUCCCCCGUCGGCCAACCCACCACCGGCUAUGAAGAGUGUCGAGGUGUACCAAUACCUGAUGGAUUUCACUCCACGCGAGGAUGUUGUCAACCUCUUGUAUGAGUUGCCCGGUAUCAACGACGUUGUGCAGGGCGGUGGACUUGAUCAUCUUGUCACUGUCUUAGGUAAAAUGAACAAAGAAAUGCAACAGGCGGUCCUCAACAUGAAGUCUACAAAUGCCGGUGUCCAUUUCGUCCCCAGUGUUGCUGGGUGGCAAGUCUUACUUACUCGAACUCCUCUUCCUUUGUGUCUUUUAUGGCACUCGCCAAGCAUUCGAUACCGUCAAGGAAGAGGGGCCGUCCAACUCAAAGGUGUUGCAUUACUCGAUAACAACAUUGGUCUGGAGGCAUUUUACGAGCGACUAAGCGAGACGUUUCAGCGCCUGGGAAUUGACGAAGCUCGCCACUUUCCCAUCAUCCGACUCUACGCAGUGGACGGUGAGGUGGGCUCAGGUGUGAAACGAGACACUCAGAAAGGUCCCCACCGGACGCCUGGACAGAGCCGCUGCUGA